AUGACUUACAUUAAGGAAACAUAUGUUGACUCAAAUCAACAGCAUUUAUUUGAACACUUUGAUGACUUGACUGAUGUAGAGCAAACUGAGCUUUUGAAUAAUUUGAAAGUUAUCUCUGACAGAAUCUCACCACAUAAAUUGGUUGAAGAUUGCCAAAAUGCAAUUGCUUUAUCAGAAACAAAUAAACAUUCUACUUCAGUGAUAUCAUCAUUGCCAGAAUCAUCAUAUUACUCGAUUAUUGGUAAUAAAAAAGAAGAAGAAGAGUACCGAAAAUUAGGUCUUGAAGCCAUUUCCAAAGGUGAAGUGGCCGUGAUUUUGAUGGCAGGUGGCCAAGGUACAAGAUUAGGAUCAUCUCAACCAAAAGGUUGCUACGAUAUUGGAUUACCAUCACAUAAGUCUCUAUUUCAAAUACAAGCAGAAAAAAUCCUGCGUUUACAACAACUAACUGGAUCAAAACAUGAUAUCCCAUGGUAUAUCAUGACUUCUAAGCCAACUCGCCAAACUACUGAACAGUAUUUUAAAGAUAAUUCCUACUUCAACUUAAAAAAGUCUCAAAUUACAUUCUUUAAUCAAGGUACAUUACCAGCAUUUGAUUUAAAUGGAGAAAAGUUAUAUUUAGGUUCUAAAACAGAAUUAGUAGAAUCACCAGAUGGAAAUGGUGGUUUAUACCGUGCUAUGGUAGAGAAUAAUCUAUUAGAAGACUUCCACAAGAAAAAUAUCAAACAUGUGUACAUGUAUUGUGUAGAUAAUGUUCUAUCAAAGGUAGCUGAUCCUGUUUUUAUUGGUUUUGCCAUAAAAUAUAAUUUCAAAUUGGCAACUAAGGCUGUCAGAAAGAGAGAUGCAGCAGAAUCCGUUGGUAUUAUUGCUACUAAAGAUGGUAAGCCAUGUGUCAUAGAAUAUUCAGAAAUAUCACAAGAAUUGUCUGAAGCUAUUGAUGAAACAGGCUUACUAAAGUUGAGAGCUGCCAAUAUUGUUAACCACUACUAUUCGGUUGAGUUAUUCGACCAACAGUUAACUAAUUGGUGUGAUAAUAUGGUAUACCAUAUAGCUAAAAAGAAAAUUCCAUAUUUUGAUCCUAAAACUGGUAAAAUAUCUAAACCGACUGAACCCAAUGGCAUUAAGUUGGAACAAUUUAUAUUUGACGUAUUCCCAAGUGUAAAUAUAAAGGAUUUUGGUUGUUUGGAAGUUGAAAGAUCCCAUGAAUUUGCACCUUUAAAAAAUGCAAGCGGUUCAGCCAAUGAUAACCCAGAAACCAGUCGUACUGCAUAUAUGAAUUUAGGUACAUCAUGGUUGAAAGACUCUGGUGCUGAUGUGAAGGAUAAUGUAUUAGUUGAAGUUAGUGGUACUCUGAGUUACAGUGGAGAAAAUUUACAACAAUAUAGAGGUCAAAUAUUCGAUAUUAAUGACACUAUUUUGGAAUAG